AUGGAUUUAAGAAGCAGGGUGUCAUCAUCUGAAUCAGAUGGUGAAGCUGUAGAUUCAAGUGUGAAGAUCUUAAUAAAUGAUGUUACACCUUGUGAUUCAAGAGAAUUUCUUCACCUUGCUGGAUUGAGAAGUCAACUUGCUUCUCAAAAUGAUAUUUCCGGAAUUGCUCAAAAGCAAACUGCCAAAGAUCAUCAGAAUCGAAGAGCGUCUUGGGCUCACACAAAAAGAUCAGAUAUUCCCCUUAGACUUCACAGAAGUUGGAGUCUGGGAAAUUUAGCAUCUCAUUUGGGACAAAUGUGCUAUGGUCCAAGCAUUGGUCUUUCAUUUCAUAACAGAUUUUCAACCACCAAAGAGGGAAGUUCAGACAGCAUUCCAGAAGGCAUGAGAGAAAAACAGAGAAGUUUUUCUGCUGGAAGCAGAGAAGAUGUUUUUAUGUUUUGCAACCAGCUGCAAGAUUCUGCCCAAAGUAUGAGUGACAUCAUCACUAAUGAUGUCAGUCAAACAUUGAGUGCGAACAUCUCUGAGCCAAAAUCUGUAAAGAAGCAUUCCCUAAUAUCAUUUGGCAAUAAGAACUCUCGAAAGGAAGAAUGGUUAAUAGCUCCUCGUUCUACUCUUCAAAAAUCCAUUUCUACGCCAUCCAUUGUUGCAGCACAGGAGAUUCAGGAAAUUGCACACAGAAGAGAUGGACGUGAUAGUUCAUAUGGAAGAAAUCGGUAUUUAGCACAAAAUAUUCGAAACUCUUGUAUUGAAAUAAUGCAUGAAGAAGAUGAGCCUGAGGAAAUGAAUAUUAAGAGAUUAAGCAACUUUUCAUUAACUAAUCUUCUUAGAGAAAAUCUCUUAAAGACAGGUGCUCAAGAUGGAGAAGAUGAUAAAAGUUUCAGUAAAAGAAAGAAACGAGGAAGCUUAUUUUUCAGGAAAAAGAAAAACAAAGAUAAAGACAAGGACAACAAAAAAUCAUCUCACCAAUUUGUUUCUAUCUGCUUCAGUACUGCAGCUACUUGUAGCGUCUGUAGCAGAGCUUUAGCAAAUAAAUCAGCUUUAAAAUGUGAAAAUUGCUGUAUUGCAGUUCAUGAUAGCUCUUGUAAAGAUCAUGUACCUCCCUGUGUGCCACAAAAGGUAAAUACCAAUCCAUCUGCUGAAAAAGAUGUAAAUGCUUCAUUACUUACAUCAACAGGAAGUAUCCGUUACCCUUCACGCUACAGGCAACUUCUAGGAGCUCCAACUUUAACUCAUAGUCAAAGUUCCAUAAAUUUAGGUAAGCAUUCUCAGUUGAGUAAAGAAAAGAGGUCCUCUUUAACUGAUAUCAACCGUGUGAUUGUUUCUUCAAAUCCAGACCCUGUAAAAUCGUCCCCUACAUCAAGCAAGGUGAUUUGUGAAGAAAAAGAAAUUGUGGCUGUUGAUGAAAACUCCACUAACAUGGUUGAAACUAACUCUGCAUCUAUAGAAUCAUUAGAUGAAACUAGCCAAGGAACAAGUGAUGUAGAAGAUGAUGCUAUGUUGCAAUUACUUGAUGAGGAACCAGAAUCUUGGAAUGGGACUGUAGAUAAAAAGGUUUUGAAGAAGUUGAAAGAAAAGGAUGUGAAAAGACAAGAAGCAAUUUAUGAGCUUAUUUUAACCGAAAAACAUCACUGCCUAACUCUGAAAAUUAUGCAGAGGGUUUUUGCCAAGGGAAUGAUACAAGAACUUAAUGUUAGCAAAGACAUGGUUCAAAGGAUUUUCCCUUGCUUAGAUGAGUUGCUUAGAAUUCACUUAAAUUUUUUGCAAAGGUUACGAGAGCGUCAAAAAACUGAAGCUGUUGUAUCACACAUUGGAGAUAUUAUUGCACAACAGUUUGAAGGCCAAAAUGCAGAAGAAUUGGUUUCUUGUUAUUCUCAAUUUUGUAGUCAGCAUACAGAUGCUCUUUCAUUGUAUAAAGACAUUUUGAAGUCAGAUCGAAAAUUUCAGUCAUUUGUUAAGAAAUGUGGAUCCAAGGCUUUUUGUAAAGCUCGAGGAAUUCCUGAAUGCAUUUUACUUGUGACUCAAAGGGUCACAAAAUAUCCUCUUCUCUUAGAUGCACUCAUUAAAACUACAAAAGACAACAAACAUGAAACUGAAAAACUGAAUAAAGCUUUAUCCAAUGUAAAGAAUAUAAUUGCUCAAGUAAAUUCUGCUGUUGCUGAGAAAGAAAGGGAAAUUAGACUUUUAGAAAUUUACAAUAGGAUAGAUGCCAAAUCGACAGCAUUUUACAAAAAGGAAAAAUUUAAGAAAUCAGACCUCUUAUCUGAUAAUCGAAAACUUCGAUUUGAGGGAACACUUGAGUGGAAGAGUGCAAGAGGAAAAGUUAUUGAUGUACAUGUGAUAAUUUUAUCUGAUGUCGUAGUCUUACUUCAAGAAAACAACCAAAAGUAUACUUUUGCAUCGCUUGAUAAUAAGGCAGCUGUAAUUUCUCUUCAAAAAUUGCUUGUUCGAGAAAAGGCCGGGCAAAAUAGCAGAGGCAUAUAUUUGAUAUCAUCAAAUCCUACUUAUCCUGAAAUGUAUGAAAUGUUGUGCUCAACACCCAAGGAUAAAAAACUUUGGUUGCAGGUUAUUAGAGAUUCUGUCACCAUGCUUCUUACAGAAGCUCGGGGUGAAAAUAUAUUAAAUGAAAGCACACAAAAUGCAAUGCAGGCUGAUGAUGAAAAAUCUCAAAAACUUGCAGAAUUGUGUGCAACCAUGCAAGAAAAAGAUAUGGAAAUAGCAAGUCUGUGUGAAGAAAAAAUAAAAGCAAUGUUAGAGUCUUUAACUUUACUUGGAUUUGAUAAGCAUAAAAUCUCAAAUGUUGAUUUCCAGCAGCUUUUGCAAAAAGAUGAAGAAGAGACGGAACAAGCUUUAAUGUCUGCAUUGAGUCAAGCUUGCAAUCUCACUAGUCGAGUGUAUUACUUUGAUACUAAUCCGUAUAUCAAUCCUGACGAUGUAUCUUCAUCUGUAAAUAUGUCUCCUGUUUUGCCAAAGCGUGCAGAAACAUUUGCUGGAUUUGAUAAUUCUGGAAAGGAUGCUACAGAUAAAGUAAAUGUUUUAAAGAAGAAACUUAUGCAAUUAAAAGAACUUGAUGGAGAUUGUCAUAAUGAGCGGGAACUUUCUUCAUCGGAUCCAAGCCUUCAUGUAAAGAACAAAGGAGAAACAGCUUCUAAUGUUAAAUUCAUUUCCAGACUUGGAAGCCCAGAAAGAGUUAGAAAUAGUCAUUCUACAAAGUGUUCUUCACAAGGAGGCUUCAACCGAAUUGAAGAAGUGGCUGAACUGAAUCAGCUUUUAGCAACUGUUAUGAGUUUGCUUCAACAUCAAAUAACGCUCUAUCGCAAAGAAUUUGGCAAAAAAAAGUACAGACCAGAUAACCAGCUUGAAGAACUGCGAAAUAUUCAAGAAAAAUUGAGUCAAGAACGUUUACAAUGGGAAAAUGAAAAAGCUAAAAAGGAAAAAGAGCUUGAGAACAAAAAAGCUGAAUUAAUAUUAAUGGAGGUAUGUAUUUUUUUAAAACAGUAAGUUAUAUAAAAUGUUUCAAAUCGACAGAACUCAUGCUGCCAUGAAAAUCAAGACAUGUCUCAGAACUGUUCAAGCCUAAGCCUGUGCAAACACCGUCGUUCCGCAUCUUUUGACUUUAGGACAUUGGGUACUUUGACCCAAGAAAUUGGUGGAAGGCAGUCUUGGAGUGGACCGGUAGAAGACACAUCUUUCAUUUGCCAUUCACGCUGUUACUCAUCUCAGAGCUCGUCUAAUAUUGGACAUGACGCCGGCGAUUCCUCAGUUACAAACAGCCAAAAUGACUCUGAACACAGCGAGCACUUCGAUUUCGGGUCUCCGGAAGCGAAGGAUCCCAACAGCCCGGGUAUUUUCUACGAAUCAUCAAAAAGUAUGAGCUCCAGUUUGACUGCCAACAUGAACUGCCCAGGCAGGGAAAUCCCCACAAAUCCCGUGGUGGUACAGAACAAGUGUUUGUGUCCUGUUUCAUUAGUUUCAAGUAGUCAUAGGUAUAAAGGGUGCACUUUGAAUGGCGGGGAAAGCAUUCAGAACAAUUACUGUGGGUGUAGAGAUUCUCUGUAA